GCUCCAUGUUUACGGAAGAUAAAUCGACCUACCCGUGCACUCAACCUUUCCUGCAAAACCAAUGCUAAAUUAACAUUUCAAGGGUUUUAUUUAGAAUUUCGUAUUUGAUUAAUUAUAGGUAGGUAAAGUAACCGUCAUGUGGGACCAUGAAAUCAGAGCCAUGGCGUCCACUCAUGCCAUCAUCGCCGCUUCGGUGUUCAUGGCGACCGUCUUACCUGCGGUGUUUGUACGGGGCUUUUCGGUGUACGGGACUCACCUGCUGUGGCUCUACUCGGUGUCCGGCACGGUGACUGCGGUCAGUGUCGCCGUCUUCUGGCUGCUCGGUAUCACACCGCCCACCAAGAAGCACACGCUGGGAUACAAGCUGUCCAGGUUGUUUCGUUCCUGUCUGUACUUCUUCCUGUCGUGCCUGUUCUUUCACAGUGUAGUCGUUCUCUAUGGAGCUCCGCUGAUUGAAUCUGCCUUAGAGACGUUCUCCCUUGCUGUGCUGCUGACCUCUCUAACCACACUGAGGUGUCUCUGUGUCCUUGGGCCCAACGUCCAGGCCUGGAUACGUGUGUUCAGUCGGCACGGAGCUAUGUCUGUGUGGGACACCUGUCUACAGAUCACAGUCGCCUGCACAGUGGUAGGAGCCUGGGUCGGAGCCUUCCCUAUACCUCUGGACUGGGACAGGCCGUGGCAGGUUUGGCCUGUUUCCUGCAGUCUGGGCGCCAUGAUCGGCUUCCUGACCGGGCUUGUUGCGUCUCCCGCGUGGAUCCACUAUCAUCGCAAACAGCUCACGUACAAGUGCAAGUGAUAGAAUGGAUGCGUGUUUUGUUGGGUCUGUGCUUGUUUUGAAUGCGACCAUGAGGGUAUCUCUUGUGUUCCUGCUGAAUUCCUUUUAAACUUUUCACUGAUUAUUUAUUGGGAAUGUUCACUCUGUUUGCAGCGUGUGGGAGAGAUGAUUUUGUAAUAAUGCUAAGAGUUGUGAUUAUUUUGUAUGGAUGAAGUCUUAAUCUGCUCCUGAAGAUUUUUGACAUGAAUAAAUAUAUUAGUUCUUCA